CUUAUACAAAAUAGAAAAAAUGAAGCUACGGGGUUUCUGCCGGCUACUGAUACUGUCGUUUUUCUUCUGGCUUAUCGUGCUGGAGGUGAUCAUAUUCUAUAACAGCACUGCCUUUACCGACCUGUUGGAGCUGGAGCCGUACAAGGAAACGGUCAACUCCUAUGAGGUGGGUCUGCGCAGUGAGCACUGGGACGAUGCUCGGAUCGCGCGAAUUCUCCAGGAGAAGAUCCGCGUCCAUUGCCUGGUUUAUAUGGACCGCUCGGACUACAAUUUCGGUGCUCAGAAGGCCAGGCAUAUCGCAAAAACUUGGGGUCGUCGCUGCUCUCGGCUGUCCAUUGUCAACCAAAGGAAUAUCACUCUGCUGCAGGCAUAUCGCCAGAUUUAUGAAGAAUACCACAACGAGCUCGACUGGCUGCUGGUGGUUUACUUGGACUCGUACGUCGUCAUGGAGAAUCUGCGCUACCUGCUGGCCCAGUACGCGCCAUCUGAGCAUAUCUACUUCAGUGCGGAACAUGCCGUCUAUGUGUACGCCCAUGUGGGACGAGUCUCCACCACCGACUACAUCUUUAGUAGCGAGGCGCUGGAGCAGCUGGCCACGAGGAACUGCCUGCAGGACGAGAUCUUCUUCAGGGAGUGCUUGACACGCAUGAGGAGGGGUCCCAGCGAGUGGCUCCUGCCGUUUAAUGUGCCGGCCGAGCUGAUCCCGUACAGCCUGCGCAACCACUUCUGGCUUUGGCCCUGCUCCUUUCGGGUUGUUUACCACAACCAGAGCUGGGAGAGCUGUUUUGGAGGAGCAGUGCUCUAUCCAUAUUGCCGCGCCAUGCAAAUGUAUGUCCUGGAGUUCUCGCUCUACCACCUGCGUCCCUAUGGCCACGUAAAUCCGCUGCCCCAACUGGGUUCUCCCAAUCCUCUAAUGAGCAUAGCAUCUAGGCCGCCGAACGAUCAGCGGGCCAAGUUGCUGUAUAGGUCGGUUAGGAUCAUCUGCUUGGUUUUGACCUGGCCCAAGAAGUACAUGAGUGGCGCGCGGGCCAUCAGCGAAACUUGGGGUCGCCACUGCAACCGAGUGGUAUAUUAUGGCAGCUCCACCGGCACUACUAUUUCUGGCCUGCAAAUUGUGGGUCUGAAUGCCACCGACACACGCAGCAAGUUGUGGGGCAAAACAAAGGCCGCGUUUCGCCAUGCGUACAGGAACUAUGGCCACGAGGCGGAUUGGUUCUACAAGGCGGAUGACGAUACCUAUGCCAUAAUGGAGAAUAUGCGCAAACUGCUGAGACGCCACUCACCCGCCAAGCCGAUUUACUUUGGCUCCCCAUUCAAGCUGGGAUCCAACCUCUACAUGUCCGGCGGUGCCGGCUACGUUCUGAGCAAGAAAGCCGUGGAGCUAUUGAAUCACGGCGCCGCCGAAGAGUGCCUGCCAGGAGAUCAGGGCGUCGAGGACUAUGCGAUGGGCCAGUGCCUGCGGCUGUUGGAUGUCCAGGCGGGAGACUCCAGGGAUCUUUUUGGACGCCAGCGGUUCUUCUCGCUGUCGCUCGAACACUUCCUCAUUCCGAAUCGCGAUAAUGAGGGCUUCUGGCUGCAAGAGUAUCUCUACCAAACGACUGGAACGGGAAUGGAAUGCUGUUCCAGCUAUUCGAUUUCGAUGCACAAUGUCUCUCCCUACGAAAUGCAUUUUCUGGAAUCGAUUUUGUAUAAGAGACGACCAUAUGGACUUCUGGCUGGACAUCCGCCGCCAAGAAAAUCGAGGAAACAUGGUCUGAGGAAACAGCAGUAUAAUAUCUAAUGCUAAGGAUUUAAUAUCGCAUUUGAAAUACACCUGUGCAAUAUGUGAUAUACACAU